AUGGCUUCUCCACCAGACACCGCUGCGGGGAACAUCGAAUCAAGGUCCCCACGUUCAGCUUCGAUAUCACUGCAAGCUGCCGCAACCAUGAAUGCAGGUCUUCAGCACGAAACUACACGAAGAUCUUCAGGUAGCUCUAUCUCCCGCAAUCAACCUUCACCUCAAACCGGUCGACGAAGAUCCACCGUGCUCAUGAACUUGCAACUGAACGACCCUUCUGUGCCAUCACCAGGCGAGAUGGCCAGCGAACAAUCAGGUCUCCCGACUGCGAGUCCGCAGCCUCUCUCUGGCUCUCCCUUGAUGGGCGAUCCUCAUCACCACAGAGCACCCAGCCUGGGUGAGCUGCAUCAAGAGCUAGAGGCGGAACAAGAAGCCCAUGUGAAUCGUCUCCUGCAGAUGAUUCGGCAACAGCAACUCGAGCUUCAGCGCCUCCAGACUUCCAACCCCAACAGCCAGCACCAAAGCUCAGCUGUAGACGACAGCAGUGCUGUGUCUGAGCGAUCAGGUCACGGAACUCCCCAUGCCUCGACUUCCCAUGUAUCGAUUCCUCCCAUCCCAACAGGUGGCUCAGGUUCCCGCUCCACCAGUCAUCGUCAUCCUCGAAGCUCAUUUGAUCUGGCCCGCGCAGACCUUCAAAGACGAUCUCGUACACCUAGCCGCAGCGGCGCUUCCCCGCGACUUCGUUCAACUUCCAUAGGUGGAAACAGCGAGGACUGGGUUUUAGGUGGCCGGGAUGAAAGUGCGUUUUAUCAGGCCGAGACUCAAAUGCUGGUUCGUGAGAACCAGAUGCUUCGUCACCGAGUUCGAGAGCUGGAGAAACAACUGACCGACGUUGGAACUGGCUCACCUGCCGCGCAUGAACCACCUCACCACUCACACUUGACAAGGUCUUCUACGGCAACAGAUAAGGAAGAAGAAAAGCCUUCUACUGAAGCAGUCAAAGAGACUUGA